AUGUUUCGUGGCACGGGAGGCAAGGUCGUCAUCCUCUCAUCGCCUACACAAUUACCUCCGCCAUCCUAUGACGAAACCGAACCUCCUCCACCUCCCGCUCCAAUCUAUGACCGAAAGCGACCGCGAAAAGAUGAUCGCGAAGAACGAGACGACGACAUCGCGCUGAUCUGGGCCAAGCUUGAGAUGAUACAGAAGCGUCAUAGUGAAGAGCUGUAUGCGCUCAGGGACGAGAACAGAGAUCUCAAGCAGGAGAUCAAUGAUCUGCGCGACCGAUUGAUAGCGUCUGAGAGGAAGUGUCGAGACUUGGAAGAGGAACUUGGGUCGUUGGCCGGAUUGACGAGCGAGAGGGUUCGGGAGUUAGAGGAGCAUACCGACGUUACCCUCUCCGAAGUCUGGCAGGACAUGGGCGAGUUGACCAGCGAGUUGAAUGCCAUGAAGCUUCAGAUUGAUGAGGAUGAGUUGGUGAAUAAAGUUAAAUUCAGAGUUCUUGAUCAUAUCACGGCGAGUCUAUCUCGCGACAUGCCGCCAGAUGACUGA